AUGUCAAACCCUGACCUGAAGACUCUUGAAGACAUCAUCAGUUUCCUAAAUCACUGUAGUCCUGUGUCUCCCACUAACUGCAGCAUUGGGCUGGAAAUCGCUGAUGACGGAGCCCCCUGGCUGGGCGUACUCAUCUCGGUGGUGUAUUUUCUUGUGGCUACUACAGGAGUUCUGGGGAACCUGUUAGUGAUGUUUCUGCUCUAUUCUACUCACACCAUCACCACAGGCACCAUCAAUUUCUAUGUGUUCAACUUAGCUCUGGCUGACCUCAUGCUAUCCCUGGCCUUGCCGUUUUGGGCCAUAGACAUUGCGAUGGACUACAGCUGGCCUUUUGGUGUGGUAGCAUGCAAAGCUGUGUCAUUGCUCACUGGUCUUAACGUUUUUGCAAGCUGCUUUUUCUUGACAGCUAUGAGUUUAACCAGGUAUUGCUUUGUGACAACAGCUUUAAAACCCAAUGCUUCCUUGUGCAAUAGAUCUUGCACUUUUCCCAUUACCACAGCUUUUAUCUGGACCGGAGCACUCGUAGCAGCAGUGCCACGAGCUGUGUUUGCGGACCUGAAAUAUGUGAGCGAUGCCAACGACACAGUAUGCCUGCUGCUUUUCCCAGAUGGCACAGCCUGGCUGGGAAUAAACCAGCUCCUGCGAGUGCUGCUGGGGUUUCUGCUUCCAUGCACCACCAUUAUCCUCUCCUAUUUGCUUUUGCUGCGAUUCCUCUGUCGGCACAAACUGAAAGGCAGCCGCUCUCUGCGAAAGGCAGACAUAUCAAAGUCUGUGGCAGUGGUGGUGCUUUCAUUCUGCGCCUGCUGGUUCCCGUACAAUGUCAUCACUUUUUGGAGCAUCCUCAUCAACCUUAACAUCGUUGAUAUGAGUCGUUCUUACUACUUAGCUCAAAAAUACUUUUUCCCUCUGGCCAACUGCUUGGCUUUUGCCAGCAGCUGCUUCAACCCUGUUAUCUACUGCCUGAUUCGAAAAGAAUACCGUGUUGCUCUUCAUAAUAUGUUCUUAAAAUUGAACAUAGCUAUUAUGUCCAAGAUUCCUUAUGGUAUUAAUUAUACUGAGCCCUCAGGACAAGAUGUGCCCCUGGCCAUUCCAUUAAACAACAUGUACAGCCAGAGGAGCCACAGUGAUGGACGAGGAUACAUACCACUGUCAGCACUUCCAACAAUCAUGUCCAACCUGUAA